CCGCGCAGCUCUAUGGCUCCUCUUCCGGGUUGCGCGGCGGCGUCAUGGCGGCGCACCUGAAGAAGCGGGUGUAUGAGGAGUUCACCAAGGUGGUCCAGCAGCAGCAUGAGGACCUGUCCACUAAGAAGCUGCGGCUCACCAAGCCCAGCAAGUCAGCAGCGCUCCACGUGGACCUGUGCAAAGCCACCUCGCCUGCAGAUGCCUUGCAGUACCUGCUCCAGUUUGCCAGGAAGCCCGUGGAAGUGGAGAGCGUGGAAGGGGUUGUCAGGAUCCUGCUGGAGCAUUAUUACAAGGAGAAUGAUGCCUCUGUAAGACUGAAGAUUGCAUCCUUGCUGGGGUUGUUGUCAAAGACUGCAGGAUUUUCCCCAGACUGCAUUAUGGAUGAUGCCAUUAACACCCUUCAGAAUGAGAAGUCUCACCAAGUCCUUGCUCAGCUGCUGGACACCCUGUUAGUGAUUGGCACAAAACUCCCAGAGAAUCCAUCUGUCAGGAUGAGGCUGGUGGAGGUAGCCUGCAAGCAUCUGACAGAUUCUUCUCAUGGUGUAAGGAAUAAGUGUCUUCAGCUAAUUGGCUGUCUUGGCCCUGUGGAAAAAGGCAUUGCAAAAGAGGCUGAAAGCCAGGCAGCCAAAGAUGUCCAGAAGAUAAUAGGAGAUCAUUUUAAUGAUCAGGACCCUCGAGUUAGGACUGCAGCUAUAAAAGCCAUGCUACAGCUUCAUGAAAGAGGACUAAAGUUACAGCAAGCUAUUUAUAGUCAGGCCUGCAAGCUGUUGGCAGAUGAUUACGAGCAAGUGCGCAGUGCUGCAGUUCAGCUGAUUUGGGUCCUCAGCCAGCUUUACCCUGAAAGCAUCGUCCCGAUUCCUUCUUCUAAUGAAGAAAUUCGCUUGGUUGAUGAUGCCUUUGGAAAAAUUUGCCAUAUGGUUAGUGAUGGUUCCUGGGUUGUAAGAGUACAAGCUGCAAAGUUAUUGGGUUCUAUGCAACAAGUUAGCUCCCAUUUCUUGGAGCAGACCCUUGACAAGAAGCUCAUGUCAGAUCUGAGGAGGAAGCGCACUGCACAUGAACGAGCCAAAGAGCUCUACAGCUCUGGGGAGUUUUCAAGUGGCAGAAAGUGGGGAGAUGAUGCUCCCAAAGAGGAGAUCGAUACUGGUGCUGUGAACUUGAUUGAAUCAGGAGCUUGUGGGGCUUUUGUUCAUGGCCUAGAAGAUGAGAUGUAUGAGGUUCGAAUCGCUGCGGUGGAAGCCCUGUGUAUGUUGGCUCAGUCCUCGCCUUCUUUUGCGGAGAAAUGCCUGGAUUUUCUGGUUGAUAUGUUUAAUGAUGAAAUUGAGGAGGUCAGAUUGCAGUCAAUACACACAAUGAGAAAAAUUUCCAACAACAUCACGCUGCGGGAGGACCAGCUGGAUACUGUGUUGGCUGUCUUGGAGGAUUCUUCAAGGGACAUUCGGGAAGCACUUCAUGAACUGUUGUGUUGCACCAAUGUUUCAACUAAAGAAGGCAUCCAUCUUGCACUGGUGGAGCUGCUGAAAAACCUGACCAAGUAUCCCACAGACAGAGAAUCCAUAUGGAAAUGCUUGAAGUUCCUGGGAAGCAGGCAUCCCACUUUGGUGCUUCCAUUAGUCCCAGAGCUGCUGAGCACACAUCCGUUCUUUGACACCCCGGAACCAGACAUGGAUGACCCAGCCUACAUUGCUGUUCUGGUUCUGAUUUUUAAUGCUGCUAAAAGUUGCCCAACAAUGCCUGCCCUGUUCUCUGACCAUACAUUCAGACAUUACGCGUAUCUUCGGGACAGUCUCUCUCACCUGGUCCCUCCAUUAAGGUUGCCAGGUAGAAAGCUGGUGUCCUCUACUGUUUCUCCCAGUAUUACCCCACAUGAAGAUCCUUCCCAGCAGUUCCUGCAUCAGAGCCUGGAGAGGGUUUACAACUUUCAGCACCUCGACCCACGGGGCAUACAGGAGCUGCUGGAAUUUACCAUCCGUGAUCUUCAGAGGCUUGGAGAGCUGCAGUCAGAACUGGCAGGGAUGGCAGAUUUCACUGCAACUUACCUUCAGUGUCAGCUGCUCCUCAUCAAGGCCUUGCAGGAGAAGUUGUGGAAUGUGGCAGCUCCCCUGUACCUGAAACAGAAUGCAUUGGCAUCUGCUGCAGCAAAACAGAUCUUGGAAGAAACUUACAAAAUGGAGUUCAUGUACAGCGGAGUGGAAAGUAGACAAGUGGUCAUUAUUCACCACAUGAGACUGCAAGCGAAGGCCUUGCAGCUGAUAGUGACUGCCCGCACCACCAGAGGAGUGGAACCUCUUUUUGGGAUGUGUGAAAAAUUCCUCCAAGAAGUGGAUUCCUUUCAGAGGUGUUUUAUCUCUGAGCUCCCACAUAUGCAAGGCAGUUUUGUAGAUAAAUUGCUGGACUUAAUGCCCAGACUUGUGACAUCCAAGCCCUCAGAAGUGGUCAAGAUUCUUCAGACAACACUGCGGCAAAGUACCUUCCUCCACCUUCCUCUUCCAGAGCAGCUCCAUCGAGCCACUGCAAAUAUCAUUGAGCCUACUGGUGAAUCUGAUAAUCCCCUGAGGUUUACAUCAGGAUUGGUUGUGGCACUGGAUGUUGAUGCAACUCUGGAACAUGUGCAGGAUCCCCAAGGAACUGUUAAAGUUCAGGUGUUGUAUCCAGAUGGACAAGCACAGCUAAUCCAUCCUAAACCAGCUGACUUCCGAAAUCCUGGCCCUGGGAGGCACAGGCUGAUAACUCAGGUUUACCUCUCUCACACAGCCUGGACAGAGCCAUGUCAGAUUGAAGUGCAAUUGCUGCUGGCUUACAACUCCAACAGGAGCAAAGCAUCUACCAGAGUUCCUAAAUCUACCUGGAGUGAGAGCUUGGAGGCUCUCCCACCCUCUGAAAAUGGCAUAGAGGGGACCAUUCCCUUCAGCAAACCUGUCAAGGUGUAUAUAAUGCCCAAACCUGCCAGGCGGUGAAGGCUGGCGCCGAAAAACCUCUUUAUGGGGUUUGUUGUGUCCAAGACAGCAAAUCAAGCCAAAACAGCCUGUACUUGCCUAAAGGGAGUCAAAAUAAAGCUGCUGAAAAACAGGUCUCUUAAGCAGCAGGCAAAUACAGGAGUUACUCAGCUGGUUAGGAGUGGUUUCAAGAAAAUGCAGGUUUUUCUAUAUUGACUCAACAGAAACAGAACAGUUCACAAUCAGCAUUCCAGUAGUAAUUUUAUUGGGCUGUACCUUCAGUUUUUACCUAUCGAAAGUCUUUCUCCAAGGCCUCUAGGUUUUCUGCUAUGUAUUUACUAUGUAAAUGCUUGAGCACAUAAAUCAAUGUUAUUUUUACAGAACUCUGAAGUGAAGCUGAGGAGUUCAGCAUUUUGUGUGGGAUUGUUGGUUUGUUUCUGGGGUUUUCUGGGUUUGGUUGUUCUGGUUUUGGGUUUGGCUUUUUUGGUUGUUUUUUUUUUGUUGGUGGUGGGGUUUUUUUGUUUGUUUGGUGGGUUUUUUGUGGUUUUUUUGUUUGGGUUUUUUUGUUUUGUUUGGUUUUAGGUUUUGGGGUUUUUUUGCAUGUCUAAAACUUGUAUUUGUGCACUGGUACUUAAUUUCUUAACAGAAAAAUAAUAAUCUAAAAAGUACUGUUGUUUUUGUAUGGGAACAGCACCUAGGAAGGAAGUUUCCAAUUGCUGUUCUACAUCCUCUACAGCUGUACUGAAGCUGGUCCAGCUCUGGGGAGGGCACAGGUGCAGGGGCAGGAGGAACCCCUUUGUGCAGGUGGCAAAACUUCAGUCAGCAGGGCGUGGAGUUUAACUGGGCUACAGCAACAAAGCAGUUUGUCUCCUGUUGCACCUUUGUGCAGCUUGAGGAGCAGUGUGAUUAAGUACCAGUUGGAAAAUUCCUAACCACAACCCACUAAGUUUUAAAGGAUCUGUUUCUGUGUGAUGAUCCUGGCCUGAACCAGUCUUAGUGGGAUGUGAAAAUCUAUGACUUUCAGUUUAGCAGCACUUUGGGCACUCAGAGUCUUUCUUGUCAGUUGAAGUAGCCAAACACCCUCUGUUCAACAGCAGUUGGGCAGCUGGUCAGUGUUCCCCUCUGGAGGUGAGCUGGGAGUACAGAGGGACAAGCAUUUAGUUAAAACUUGAUCCAUCUGGCAUUCCUGUCAGGAAGUGUGUCUGUGCAUUGCUUCUGUGUGCCAGGCUUAGUGGACUGAGUAACCUCCUAUGAUUUGUAGCAAUCCUUUGGUAGGAUUUUUUAGGAGGACCUAAUGUGUGAAACAUUCUAGUGCAGCAGCCAAAUGCUGCCUGUGUUCAUGAAUCAGUGGGCUUUUUUCCUUUUUAAAAAGGUGUAUUUUUAGCAAACAAACAAAACAGUGAAGAAAUACUUUCCAGUUGUAUUUAGUGUAAAUAACCCCUUACAUGCUUUCCUACAAUAAAAUUGGAAAACUCA